UGGCAUCACUGCAUCAAGUCAGGAAACCUAUAAUUGAAAACAAAAUCCUUAGAGAAAAAUACAGGUUUGAGGAAUGGCUCUAGCUAUGUCUACAACAGCUGGCUUCUGUGGCUCUUCUCAUGCAGUCCUUGCAGGCAGCCUCCAGCUCAGUAGCUCAUCAAGCCGCUUGAGCAUGCCUAAAACAAAUCGACUUGCCUUUACUAAAUCGGGUCUGAAAGUUCGAGCCCAGCAGCAGGGCUCAGCUGAGACUGCUGAGACGAGCCGGCGAGCCAUGUUGGGGCUUCUUGCUGCCGGAAUGGCCUCAGGGUCAUUUGUUCAGACCGUACUGGCUGAAUCCAACUCCACCUUGCUUGUCACACCAACUGCACUCUCCGGCACAAGGACUACUAAGACAAUCAGAGUUGCUGGAAUUCCCGGUUUGUUAUCUGUUAAAUCCGACAGCCAAGGCCUCAUUCGUGCCGCCACGCAACUAUCUAUUGACGGAUUGGUGGUGGAUCCCAUUGACAUAACGAAACUACCACUGAUCAAUGUGGAGGAUGAUCCCAACUUCCCAUCCGAAGUGCAGGCUUUCAUGGACCAGAUUCUUCUUGCUGAUGCCAUACUCUUCUCUGCGCCCGAGUAUAAUUACUCCGUCACUCCUAUUACUAAAAACGCAAUUGACUGGCUAUCCCUGAUGCCACAAACUCUGGCUGGUAAAGCUGCCGCAAUCAUCAGCACGGGAUGGGAUUUUGGUGGGGGCAGAAUGCAAUAUCAUCUCCGCCAGAUUGGGGUUAGGCCUGAUUUGCAUUUCAUCAAUAAGCCAGAAGUAUUCGUGAGUACAAUAGUCGACGCACAACACCCUCCAAAGUUUGAUGCCAAUGGCGACUUGAUUGAUGAUAACGUCAGGGCACAGUUGCAGCAACUUCUCAUAUCCUUGCGAGAUUUUACACUGCAAUUACAGUGUACCAAUGCUACCAGCCAGGCCAAAGCUAUUCUCACCUGAUCUUGCGACCUUGUUGUUAUGGGGCUUGAAGGAUAAACACCAUCCACUUUGUGAUCGUGCGACUUUCAGAAUAAAACCGGCAUAAAUUAAGAUGAAGUUGCUCAAUUUGAUCAGAAAUUGUGUAAUGAUCAUAUUAUAUAUGCCAACCAAUUUCGUUUCUGUUGAAAUUCUAGUUGUCGUCAUAAAACUUAAUUUUACAAUACAUGAACUGAUAAUAAUA